AUGCCCACGGCUAGUUGCGCACAGCGUGUAGUGCACACCCACACAACGUUGCGUCUUCUUGUGUCGAGCCAACGCUACUCUGUGUUAGAUAGGAUAAGUGGGCAGACACGGAAGCUGGUCAAUUAUGUUAAACAUUUUUUUAAAAGGCAAGUGGUGCACGAGAUUGCGUUGAGCCUGGCCCCAUACAAGCUGACCGUUGAUUCCAUCCUAGCGCCAUGGGAAUGGAGGUUGUGCUGUGUUGCAAUGCGGAUACAUUUGUGCAUAGCGAGAAAACCGAACAAAGAAGCAGUACGGCGCUCCUCUGAGAAAUUCCUCGAAGACACCCCUUGGCAUAAGGCCAUAAAACGGCGUGAGGGACGCCGGUAUCGUCUCUCUACUGUGCAAUACAAAUCAGCUUCAGGUGUGCGUAUUGUAUCCGGCCUUGGAAAGAAACUGGCCCCCGUGCCUCAUUUCUCUUCUUUAUCUAAAUUCAGCGCGCCUGCACCACAUCUUCCGUCCCUCUUACAACAGCACGCUGCACAAUACGAACUCCACGAGCCACGAAGUGUCAUCUCCCCAUGCCGCCAUAGCGAAGAAGCGCCUACCCGAGGCGAUGCCCCCAGCACAAGUGGUGCUUCUGCACCGUCAUGGUCACGCGGCAGAGCAGGGCACCCUUACAGCCAUGCCUGUGGGCCUCCUUUUGCCAGCUGUUUUAUAUCACCCUCGCAGAAGCUAGAGAAGAGCCUUGGAAGGCACCGGAGGAACUGGAGUGUCUCCCUAUUGUCUCCUACGCCAUCCGCUUACGCAAGUGCCACAUCGGCAACAUCCAGUGCUGCAACGUCAGCGAACCCUGCAACAGCGUCAGAUGGGCUAUGGGAUGAAUGCAGCAAUCCACUUGUUGGUCAAGCCGACCGGUUCGUCCUCUUCGGAGACCUCCACGUCAGUGAUGCGACGUUAGACACCUGUCUCGAGGCACUGGCCUUUGUACAGAAAACCUGCAAACGCCAUAGCAGUGUCGUGCCCCUCCCCUCUGCAAACAAAGUGCAUCGAGAAGCUGCAAAGCGUCGCUGCAAGGAAGCGACCACGAAAAUCCCAUCUUCAAGGGGAAAGGCUCAACUGACGGCCAGCAGCACGCCGGCAGUCGCAGUUUUCCUAGGCGACUUUUGGCACUCCCGGGUAGAGCGGCACCUCCACUGGGGCGUUCUGAGGCCUGUCCUCGAAUUUUGGAGACAAUGGGAUAUCCCCACGCUGCUCCUGCCAGGAAAUCACGACCAACUGCACUACGAGGAGGGGCGUGAUCUGUUGCAACCCUUGGAGAUAGCCGUUUCCCAGAGCCCUAUGAUACUGGCAUUCCGAAGGCCCACCCUCAUCAACAAGGAGCUUCUCUUCCUGCCGCAUAUCCGUGGUGCCUCGAAGCUACAGCAGAUCAUGGCUCACGCCAAACAGUGCCAAACUCUGCGCGCCAUGUUUGGCCACUUGAGUAUCCGGGGAGCUACGGUAAACCCUUACUCCGAAGAGGCAGGUGCCCUGAUGAACGAGGGGAUAGACCUUGAGCAGCUACCUAAUGUGCCUCUGUACUCUGGUCAUAUUCACACGGCGCAGCUGCUCGGGAAACAGGCACGAUACGUGGGUUCGCUCUACCAGACAUCGCUGUCGGAGGCAUACCAGCGAAAGUGCAUCCACACCAUUUCAAGAUCCGCAAACUUCGAGGUUGUGGAGAUCGAGGAAUCUCUAGUCGGUCCGCGGCACUUCCCAGUCAAGGACCCAAUGCUCCUUCCCCCGCCACAUGCGCUCCGCAGGGGGGACAGAGUGGUGUUACUGCCCAAGACCACCUCAACAGCAGCGCCUUUGCCGUCCUCAGCUGAGGCUAGGGAAAGUGUGGUGCCUCCUGCCCUUGGUGGCUAUUUAGCAGACCACUGUACUGCAACAGCACAGGCAGAAUUGCAUCGCGACUCGGUUCCUGUUGCGAGGCAUUCACAGGCGUCAGCGCCUGAAAUGUUUGCUCGCCCUAAGAGCCUCAACUCGAGCAACUGCAUUGAGUCCAGCCUGCGCCCCGAGUCAAGUUGGAUUGCGGGGACCACGUUCGAAAAACACCUCCUUGGUCGAAGCAACGAAUUAGAUGCAAAACAACUCUUGCGACUCUCAGAGGCCUACAGGCACGCCGGUAUCAUCUUUGACUGCCGCGUGACUCCGACUGCCUCUUCCUGCGUAGUCUCCCGGCCGGAGGAGUCUCUUGAAGAAAGGGACGGUCGGAAGGACACAGCGCCGCUUGCCGCAGACAAAGCCAGUCCAACAACGGAGGCAGCUCUGGAUGCAUGCACUUCGUCUAUGCCCCUCUCGAGGGCCUCUGAAGCGCCAGAUCAACCUGUGCCAGCCUCUGUUGCGAAUGCCUCCUUUCUUCCACCCAAAAUCCAUCCUGCAAAGGCAAGCCAUUAUCACCUGCGAUGCACUUUCUGUUUGCUGCGCUUUUGUUCUGGGAAUGCUGCAGUGGCAGCCGCCGAGAACUUGCUGCAGGAGCAGCUGGACGGCAUUGGCGCGAACGCUGCUGAUGGGUCUCACAAGACUUCAGCACCUCCCGCAGCUUUCAGCGUAGGGUGGCCAUACGCGGGUGCAAACCUGGUGCUACAUCAUGCGCGCAUCGAGUCCUAUGGGCUCUACAGCAACGAAGUUCGUUUUGAACUGAAAAGACGCGGGUUGGUGCUUCUUGAGGGGAAGAAGAAGGAUUCGACACGCGGCAAAAGACCAGGCGAAUUGUUCACAACGAACGGCGCCGGCAAAACGACAAUAAUGCAGGCAGUCGUUUGGGCGCUUGCUGGCGAUGGCGCAGCGGGAGGCUUCACACCAAUUGCAGGGCGAACCAAGGUGACCGGUGUCGUGUGCGAUGACGUCCCUACUACCCCCAGUCCAAGCGAUGCGGCUUCAGAGUCUCUUUCGCAAGAGGAAGCUGCCGAGGAGCCAGCGCCUAGCCACAAAACUGAAGAGCGAUUUGCAUCUGUCGAGAUAGAGGGUGACUUAAAUGGGGAGUCCUUUAUACUGAGACGAAAACGGUGGCGCUCGGGGCGCUCCGAGCUGUCUCUGCGUAUCGGUGGCAGAGACGCAACUGGCCAAAGUGUUGUAGACACGCAGCGCGAGCUGGAGGCCCUCUUCGGGGGCAGGCUAAAGGCUUGGAGUCAAUUUCUCUACCUCGCGUCACAAGGCGCUGAUGGACUUCUGCGCACCUCAGAAGCCACGUUCUCGCAUCUAUACUGUGCCCUCCAAACUCUAGAAGGCGUCCUGUGGGCCGGCAUAGAACCUGUGGGAGCAACAAGGAUUGAAGCAUACCUGGCUGGUGUGAAGAGGAAAUCAGCAGCACUUACGAAUGCGUGUCUAUCUGAGGUCCCAGCUGGCGACUGCAGUGAGAAGACCUUCCCUGCUCCCCCAAAUGACAUCGAUGAGGUUUCAGAUGCCGCCAGUUCUCAAUGGCUUGAGAAGACAUCAUACGGGGACUCCACAGAGACACAAUUUAGGGAGGCGCGGAGGCUGCAGAGGCUAAUCACGCUCUUGCGCUCGCGAUCAGCCUUUUACAGGUCUCAACAAGCCACAUUGGAAGCGGCCGAAGAGCUUUUGGGGCCUCAAGGAAUUCAGCGACAUCUACUUGCGGCCGCGCUACGCCAGCUUGAGGAACAGACAAACAUCUACCUGGAAGAGGCCAGCGGCGGACUCCUACGGCUCGAUUUUGCGGCAUCCAAAACGGCUCGCCUAUCGAAGGUACUCAGUAUACGCGGAUCUGACGGCGCCUUCAGAGAAAGGACCAUCCAGCAAGCCUCUAGUGGGCAACGCCAGCUACUUGGGUUGUGCCUAUUCCUAGCGUUUGUUGUUACAAUCAAGCGACGCUCUGGCCUGCGUUGUAAUGUUUUGCUUCUCGACGAGCCGUUCUUGUCUCUCGACCCAAUAAACACGUAG